AUGUCGGUAGACUGCCUCAACCAUGUCAUUGAGCAGCUGCUGCAGUGCGUCAAGUCGAACGACGUCUCAGCUUUGAGUACUCUCGCGUCUGACUUCCACGCGAUGGGCCAGGAGCUUCGACGCCAUCGACAAGACCUUCAGCUCAGCAAAGCUGAGCGACGGGCGUUGAUCGCCUCCGCUCAUCGGAUCGCCAUCUUCUCAACAGGUUUGGCGGAGAUCGAAAGGCGCAAUAGCCAGCACCUUCGAGACCUUGCGACUGAUUGCAAAGAGCUAGUCGCCACGAGCGAGCUGGCUUCUACCAAGACAACCAGCACACUUCGUCAUCAUCAAGGGACGGGCACUCGUGGUAGCCAGCUUCGAUCACAGCCUCCCGACUCAGCCCUCAACGCAACGGUCAUGCGACAAUGGCUCCUCGAGCAUAUCGACCAUCCCUUCCCGUCCAAUGAAGACAAGCGCGCCCUCGCCGAUGAGUCGAACCGUCGCGGCGUAGGUACCAAGGGGAAGCUCCAGCCCGGCCAGUGCACCCUCUGGUUCAUCAACGCUCGUCGCCGCUCAGGCUGGACUCUGUGGGCUCGACGCUUCUGCCGUAAUGAGCCACCCCUCACUCGCGCGAUCGUAGCUGCCAUUCAAGGUCGCCCCAUCCUCCCUACCACCAAGAGCGAGGCAGGGGAGGGUGACGAGGUAGACCAGAUCCGGCAGGAGCAGCAGCCGGACCGUCUGGAGGACCUCAUCGAUCCUGCCGACGACGUCGAGAAGGGCCUCAACCCCACCCAGCUGGCCGAGCUCUGUCGCCAUGAGUUUGAGCAGGUCAUCGACUGGGUUGAGCAGGGCGCCAAUCAGCGAGUCGGGGACUGGAUGGAAAGGUUGGCCGAGGAGACAAAGGGAGUCGCCGUCGCCAAGAAGGGAAAGGGCAAGUCCAAGAAGAGGGCCAGAGAGGAGGCGCAGAGAAAGGCGUUGGCGGCGGCGCCCAAGCGUGCGAGGACGAGUCGAGCGGCUCAGGACAAGGUACGCAUCCGCGAGAGCGACGCCGACGAUGACUCGGAGGAUGAGCUGCCAGCCUCGCCCCUAGCUGGUAAGAGCACAAAGGGUCUCCCGCGCGUCACCGGCACCCAGGGAUGCACCUCGUCGGAUUACUCGGCCAUGUCCUCUCGCAACGUCUCUGGUGGAUCGAUCUCGACCGCUCCUACCUCACUCAGCGCCAGCGCCACCUUGCCUGAGACGCACAAAGGAAACGCAGCAAGUCGCCCUUCCUCUUCCGGCAGCUCCCUUGCCUUCUCCACCGAUGCGGACGGUCAAGCGGCGCCGUCUGCACUUUCCCACCCUUGGGUCCAACAGUAUCUCGAGCAACAGCGAGCGGAGAAUGCGGCUACGAUGGCUGCUCCCCCGUCUCCCAGCAAUAUUCGCACUGCCACUCCAUCGGCGAGGGACAGGCCCGUACGCAAGCUCCCAGCACGCGCAGCAGCCGCGACCUCCGCUAUGGCUUCAAGCAGCAGCAACGUCUUUGUUCCUCCAACGACGGCUGCAGCUGCAGUAGGCGCUAAUUGGGGUCUGCCGCCGACGUCGAGUGGAAGUGGCAGGUCGCCGGGCGUCAUCACUAUCCCAGAAUGGUCGUGGACGUCGCGCCACAAUUGA